CGGCAGGCUCUAGCUGCUCUUCUCUUUCAAACUGCGUCAUUCCAGCUGUCUCUCAACAUGGCGGGUACCGUGGCGAACAAGUGUCUCAGCCCUCUGGCUUUCCUCACCAGGAGGCUCUCUGCUCCGGAGUUCAUCACCCAGUGCUGCUACCACAAGAAGGUGGUUGAUCAUUAUGAGAACCCACGUAAUGUGGGCUCACUGGACAAAAACUCCAAGAAUGUUGGGACUGGCUUGGUGGGAGCUCCAGCCUGCGGAGAUGUAAUGAAGCUCCAGAUUGAGGUGGAUGACCAGGGGAAGAUUGUGGAUGCCAGGUUCAAAACCUUUGGCUGCGGCUCUGCUAUCGCCUCCAGCUCUCUGGCCACCGAGUGGGUGAAGGGCAAAUCUGUGGAUGAAGCUUUGACAAUAAAGAACACUGACAUUGCCAAAGAGCUCAGUCUUCCACCGGUUAAACUCCACUGCUCCAUGCUUGCGGAGGAUGCCAUCAAGGCUGCUCUGGCUGACUAUCGCCACAAGCAACAGGACGGCCAGCAGGAGGCAGCCAGGGCCAGCAAUUGAAGAGAGCGCUCUCGCUCUGAGCUGGAGGCCACUGCUUGCCUCCCACUGCCAGGAAGAAAAGCAGCAGUAUUCCACUUUCCUGCAGUACUGAUAACGCACACCUAAUAUAUUGAUUACAAGUGCACCAUCACCAACCCUCUGUAGCACUGUUACACCAUGCGUAGUCUGUGGUCCUCUAACCCUGCAUACUUAAUCUCUUAGCCUGUCACGUAAACGCACAACGUGAGCACUGUUUGGGUUGUUGGUACAAAGUUGAGCCUUAUUUUUGAGAAUGUUAUAUAUUUUAAACUUUCGAGCUUGAUGAGUGUUUAUUUCAAAUGGUGUGAUGGAGAUAUUGAUUAAAGCUAAGAGCUGUUUAAGUAUCCUGUCUGCACCCUAAGCACUGACCUUUUGAUAUGCAAUUAAGCAAAGUGAUUUGAAACAAUUAAAGGCUCCACUGGUUUUAAGUGUAGUUUAGGAUUAUUUAGUACCGCUUCCUAGAAAGUCUAAAAUAAAAGUAUCCUGUAUCAUG